AUUUCUCAUCAUUCAUUCUUCCAGGUCUGUGCCAUACAUUUAUGAACAAGAUACAGUCUUCAAAAAGGUGCCUCUUCUGAAAUUUGUUCUAGCCAAUUACACGUACUGUAACGGGACAGACUACCCGCCCAAUGCUGGAUUCUGUAGCAAAGAUCACGACCUGUGUGGUCCUUCAGGAAUUAUGAGACAAGAUCCAUGUCGCUUUGGUUCUCCUUCAGCAAUAUCUAAUCCUCACUUCUUUCAGGGGGACCCAGCGUUACAUGAAGCAGUAGGGGGCUUGAACCCACAAGCUAAAUACCAUCAGCACUACAUGGAAGUAGAACCAUUAAUGGGCAUGCCGUAUGUUCUGAAAAUGAGAUUGCAGAUCAGCAUGAUUACAUUGCCUUUGCGGAUGAUAACAGAGGUCAAGAAUGUCCGCAAUAUGGCGAUGCCAGUUUUAUGGUUUGAGCAGAGUGUUGAAGCAGAUGAUACGAUAGUUGGAUACUACGAAACAGGGUUUGUCUUAACAGCAUAUAUUGCCUUAAUCGUGAAAUGGAUCAUCUUUAGUAUAGGUGUUCUCAUGUGCAUUCUAACUGUCAUUUCCUGUGGUAAGCGAAUAGCUCACCCUCCAGUUGUUUCGGCAGAAGAAAAGGAUGAAAAGAUCAUUAAUACAUCUCCAGGGAGCAGUUGCGACAUUAGCCCGGUGAACAAGGCUGUAGUAGAUGAUGCUUAGCAUACCCAAAGUCAGUGCUUCAUGUAUAACAAUUAAAGGGUCAUUGCAUUACUUCCUUUAGUUUUCUAAACUACCGAUGGAGGGAACUCGAGGUAAAUUCGGUUUGUCACAGACGUAGUGGAGAGGUGCAAUUAUCUGCCGAUUUUGUUUUGAGUUGACCUCAAAAACACUCGAGGUUAACAAGAGGGUUUCCUGAAACCGCUGAGAAAGUAUUGCAGUAAAACUGCCAUAACUUUUGUAAAUGACCAUGAAUCUGAGUGAUAUUUAUAUUUUUGGAAAGAAUGACGAUUUCUUAAACUGUUUGUUUAGAUGCCGCAAAGAUAUCAGCAAGUUAAUUUUUCAUGAAAAAAAUAGAACAAAUCAGGCAUUCUCGCCAAGUUGAUUGCACCUGUCCUCUUGGCCUGGUCAGGUGGGAAGAGAGCUGAUAUUUAAAUCCAUGACUCCAUGUAAACUGUGAACAGGAUUUGUUGACUCAGUGGCUACUGAAAUUCAGAUGCCUAUUGGAAUCAAAGAAUUCAGUAAUCGAUGAUUUCAGAUAUUUAUUAUAGAAUGUAAGGAUGUGUACUCGUACUACUGCCAUUAGUAAAUCAAAGAAGUAUGCUAAUGCAAUCUAAUGUUCUUAAAAUGGUAGCACUGCCUGUUAUUUUUAUUAGUACUGCUGCCAUUAUCAUGCAAUGAGUAUGCCAAUGUAAUAAAAAUUUUGUAAAAUUAUGAGAGCACAAUAUGUGACAGUGUUCUAUUACUAUUACCGCUAAUACUUCUGACAUGAUCAAAUAUAGGAAAAAUAGCUUGAGAUAUUGAUUCUUAGAAUGAUGAUUGCCUGAAAUAUUGAGGAUUAAUUCUACUGCUAUUAUCUGGUACUGCUUGAGGUCAAGGAUAAAUUACUCUGACUUAUGAUAAUCAAAGUAUCUCGCAAAUUAUUGUAUUUAUUUAUAUGUGUUUUUUAAUGUGUAGAUAUUGAUAUAUGCAGAGCCUUAUACCAAGACUACUAUAUGCUUGCCUUUAAUACAGAAGAUUAGAGAUGGUAAUAGGAGUAUGAUAUCAUUCAGUGGUAAUUGUUUAUAGUUGAAGUUGUUGCUGUUAAUUGUUUUUUUCUGGAGGGAAUGGGUAAUUUUUGUUUGUGAUUCUAAGAUCUAUCUGUCAUUUUUUAAUAAAAAAAAGUUUCUUGCUUCUUCAAUACUGUCUUGACAAUAGUUUUGCUGAGCCACUCUGAACAUGGCUUUUCUUCCAUGGUGGUAACUAUUUGAAUGUUUUUGUAUUGUGACUUAUAAUUUUGACUAUAAAUUUGAGCUUCAAGUUUCAGUUGAUGCUGUAAAGAAAUGCAUAAAAAAUAUGCUCAGGGCAUUAUCAGGUUUACAAAUUGUUUGACUGUAUAGGAAGAGUAUGUACCAACAUCAUUGAUAGAUCAACUUCAUAUUGAUUGCACGAAUGUAUUGGUAAGUUAUGAUGAUAUGGGUCCAGGGGCCCGUUGCAGAAAGAGUUGCAAUCAAUCGCAACUCUAAAAAUCAC